AGGAGGAAAGGCGCGUGAGUGGCGCGGCGGGGAGGGGAGGGGGACGAGUGGCGAAACGGCGAGUUGCCCCCCACCUCACGGAGCUCGCCGUGUCCUACUGCGGGUGCCGAGUGGGCCUACCGGCUGUAACCCUUUGCCUGAAACCCCUUGCCUGAGGCCUCGCGUCUACUUUGAGGCAGCCUGUCGAAUUCAGUGAAGAUGUGUUGACCUGAGACCUUAACCGGUUCUCUUUCCACAGACGCCGCCUGACCCGCUGGACGUAUCCGGCAUUUUCUACCUCUCGAUCAACGAUGGGCCGUAAUUCAACUCAUUCGGCUAAACAGCAAACGCCCGGACAUGACAGUUCUCCGGCCAUUCCAUCAGUAAAUGAGCGUUUGGCUUUUCUCCGUCCUUCCCGGGAGCUGUUGGAGUACUACCGUAAAAAGAUUGCACAAUUUGACGAGGAACAUGAAAAUCUUAUGAAAAAAUUGGAGACGUACAAGGCCACCUAUGAAGAACAGCAUAAACUCCAGUGGGAAAUUCGACAGAGGGAAGAAGAGAUUGAGGAGCUACAAAAAGCACUCAGUGACAUGCAAGUUUACCUCUUUCAGGAACGUGAGCAUGCAUUGCGACUUUAUGCUGAAAAUGAUCGGCUAAAAAUUAGAGAGUUAGAAGAUCGGAAGAAGAUUCAACAGCUCUUAACUCUGGUGGGUUCUGAAGAAGAAGCACUCACUUACUUUCACAAAGAGCCUCCACACAAGGUAAUUGUCCCCCAAUGUAUAAAGAAGCAUGGACGCACAGAAAAUAGAUCUUCAAGAAAUGAUCAUAAAAGAACAGGAUCUAAAAUAACCACUGCUGUUAGUCCGACAAUCCCAGAAAACUACCAGCGAGAUAAUCAGACUUUGCUAUUACAGGUUGAAGCCUUGCAGUCCCAGUUGCAAGAGCAGACACAACUGGCAAAAGAACAAAUUGAUGCAUUGCUGGAGGAUCGAAGGAUCCGCGUGGAGGAAGUACAUGUACAGCAUGAACGUGAUAAAGAAAAAAUAAGAACUCUGGCAGACAAGUUGCAAAAGACUCAGAAUCUUCUUUAUGAAAGUACCAGAGAUUACCUACAACUGAAGUUUGAAGGACGAGACAUUGAAAAGGUCUGGAUGGCUGAGAAGGAUCAUCUGCUGCAGGAGCUAGACAAAUGCACCAUGCUGAGAAACAGACACUGUGAAAAUGAGACACAAUUGCUUCAGGAAUUUCCUGUAGAACAUGAAAUACAACGGGUACAAAGUGAAGAAAUAAAGUCACUGCAGGACCAGCUAAACCAGGCACAUCGAUUAGCAGACAUGUACAGGGAGCAGUGUGUGACACUUGAAGACAAUCUGGCGCACAUUCAAGAAGAAGGAGACAUAGGGCGGCAGCUAUUUAAAGAGCGUUCUGAAAAAACAGUGAAGCGGCUUCAUUUAAUGACGCGGCGGUACGAGGCACUGGAAAAGCGACGAGCUAUGGAAGUCGAAGGCUUUAAAAAUGAUAUAAAGCUACUACGGCAGAGGCUAAAAGAUGUGGAGAAGCAGCUGUUCAAGGUAACACUUGGAAUUGGUCCUGACCAGGAUCUUGCUAUACUUCAUGAGGUGCGCCAAUCAAAUAACCACACAAAGAUUAUCCAAGGAGAGCUCAAGAAUUUAAAGGCAAAGAUUUAUGGCUUAGAAAAUCGCUUGCGAUUUGGCUGAUAUUUUCUGUGGACAACAUUUAAUUUUUAGUAAGGCUAUAUCAACAGCACUACUAUACCAGCAAUGAUGGAAUAUCUGCAAAUUACAUUAUAAUGACCAAGCAAGGCCUGGCCAUAACUAAGCAACAUGAUGGAUUUUUUUCUAACUAUAAGAAAGCAGAGGGACAAAAAUGGUAGUUUGCCAUUUAAAAAAAAUUUUUAGUAGGAUUUACUUUUUGAUUUAAAAUAGCAAAAAAGGUUUAUUUUAAGCGAAAUGAGCAGCUUUCCAUUACUCUGUUCAGACUGACUCUGCGUGUAUGUUUCGGUUUUCUAUUGGCUUAAAUUCUGUUUUUAAAUGAUUUGAUAAGUUUCUUGAUUCCUUGAAUGAUAUCAGAAAAAUGUUGCAUGAUGUGUUGCUGAACCCUUGUGUCAAAUCCUUGCAGGUGAUUUCUGGCUGCCUUAAUUGGCCAGAUAACUAAUAAUUAAUACUUGGUUGCCUGUCAUAUUUUUGCUGUUAUAGAAAUAAUUUACCAGACUGACAUUGGUAGAAAAGCUGGCGUGUACUUGUAAUUCUGUUUGGGCAAUAUCCAAAGCAAUUCACUGCACCAUUAUAAGUGGAUGCUCUUCUUUUCAGCAAAUUAGUCAUCCAUUCUUGAUCCUUAAAAAAAAAAAAAAAAAAAUUACUUGGUUAUCUCAGUUUAAAAUGGUGAUUUCAACAGUUUUAGUCUCUUCUCCAAAUGAGCCCGAUUUUAAUGGAGCCUUGUUCUUGACAGCUCUACCUGGGUUAUUACGACAUUGUGAUGGCUAAAUUUCUUGUUGUAGCAAAAGCUCUUAUCAACCAAAUUUCUUCUCCAUUAUCAAGCCAUUCACUGCACGUAGUGAUUUGUUACCAGCACAAUAUGAUUUCCUUGUUUGGAGUUCUCAAACUUGGUACUGAGGGCCAAGUUCACGAAAUCUUAAAAUACAUACUCGACAGAAUAAAAAUCUGUUAUACCUUUUUGUUCA